AUGUCUUUGAAGAAAUAUGGUGAUAAAGUAGAUGAAGAAGACAAGCAAACUGCUGAUAGAUAUAGUUUAGACUCCCAAUGUAGUAGGCAACCUAGAGAGCAUCAAAUAACUCUCAUUGGAAUCUCAGCCAUAUAUAUCACCAGCAAUCAUAUUUUGUCUCUUAGAGAUGAUUCUGCCAAUUUAUACGAGCUCAAUGUUGUUUGUCACGAAGAGCUUGAAGACGGUGAUGUGAUAGAUUCCAUCAUUGAUCAUGUUACACAGACACCAUCUAUAUUAUCACAUAUUCAGGUUUUAACAAUCCAAGCCGAGUGUGUAGUUCAAAAUCUUCAUAAUCUUUCCAUCUGUCAAUCUUUAACUACUCUAGAGCUUUCUGAAAUAGCAAUGGAAAUCACACCUUUUAAUUUCCCUUCUCUUAAAUGUUUUUAUCUUUUUGAUUGUCGAUUUGAAUCUGGAUCGGAGACCUUUUUCAAUGCUUUUGAGGACUGUGCUAACCUGGAACAAUUGUUUAUUGACGAUUGUUUCUUUUAUGGCGAAAUCCAAAACUUUCAAAUAGUUGCACCGAAACUUAUCGAGCUGAGAAUUUCUCACUGGAGAGUGGAUGAAGUUUUUGAUUCUGACUGUGUUAUUGAACUUUUCACGCCAAAACUUCAAUUGUUUAGAUAUCACGACUCUUACAUGUACGAGUUUAGCACCGAAGAGAGUCUUUCUUUCGUGGAGGAGGUAUAUAUUGAUAUGGAUGAGUUCAGUGAGGACAAGGAUUUAUUCCUUCGUUUGACUGAAUUGUUUGAAAUAAUGGAGAGUGCUAAGUCAGUGUUCUUAUCCACUAGUAUCAUUCAAGUUUUGUCCAUGUUUUCAAAAGAACUGGCCGAAGAAUCUUCUCCUUUCUCGAGAGUUGAAACUAUUAAGUUAAUCAAAGAUUCUUCUUCCUCCUCUUCCUCCUCCUAUGCUGUACCUUCUACUGUCAUGAAUUACUUAUUUGGUAAGUCUACUGAAUUUGAUAUCUAUGAAUGGAAAGGUGAAAAAAAAGUGCAUAAAAAGUUUGGUUGA